AUGAGGCUCGACAUCCUCGCCUACACCUCCCUGCUCGGCGCUGUCGCCCAGGCCGUGGCCGUUCCGGGACCCAUCGCCGCGAGGCAGGUGCUCCCGACGACGUGCGAAGACGUGCACCUAUUCCUGGCGCGCGGAGCUGGGGACCCGUACCCGGGCACGCAAGGUCCGCUGGUCGAGGUGGUGUGCCAGGGGCUGGAGAGUUGCGACCACGAGGACAUUCUGUACGUCGGCACGUUUGACAAGGUGUGCGACUCGGUGACCACCGGCGUGGUAAACGCCACGAGGCAGAUCACCGAAUACGCCGACAAGUGCCCCGACUCGAAGCUUGUUUUGUUAAAGUCCAAGCCGGACACGCGUUCUUCGUCACGAAACGAGAAGUAA